AUGAUAAAAUUAAACGGAGAGAGCGAGCAGCUCCGCAGAUGUAAAUCAGACGACUCAGGAUCCGAAGAUAACUCCGCCAAAAAGAAACAGCGGAGGCAGAGGACACACUUCACCAGCCAGCAGCUGCAAGAACUGGAGGCGACUUUCCAGAGGAACCGCUACCCAGAUAUGUCCACUCGCGAGGAAAUAGCGGUGUGGACAAACCUUACAGAGGCUAGGAUCAGGGUAAUGUUUAAAAAUCGUAGAGCGAAGUGGAGGAAGCGUGAGCGCCACCAACAAGCGGAACUGUGCAAGAAUGGGUUUGGAGAGCAGCCGUUUAACGGGCUGGUUCAACCCUACGAGGACAUGUUACUCCGGGUAUCAUACAAUAAUUGGGCCACCAAAGGACUCGGCACCAAUCCAUCUCCCGCCACAAAGUUUUUCCUCUUCAAUUCCAUGAAUGUGAACUCGUUGUCAUCGCAAGCCAGUUUUCCACUCCCAACUCGAUCCCUCCAUGACUAUGGUCCUUCGGCGUUACCUGGCUCAAGCUUGAAUAAUUUGAACAGCCUUGGCAGCCCUUCGUUGAAUUCGGCGGUUGCUGCCUCUCCUUGUCCCUAUGGAUCUAGCUCAAGUCCAUACGUGUACCGGGACAACUGCAACACCAGCUUGGCCAGCCUCAGACUUCGAGCCAAGCAUCACUCCUCGACCUUCAGCUAUGGGCCGGUGCAGAACCCAGCUCCCAACCUCAGUCCCUGUCAAUAUGCUGUGGAUCGACCUGUAUAA